GAAUGUGGACAAAAUGAGUGAAAGAACAAAUGUUAUUCACUUAUUUUACUCGAAAAGAAAUUAAAGUUUAUCAUGUUAUAGACUUUUUAUCAAGAAAGAAAAAUAAAACUAGAUACUAAGUUUUCAAAAGUGCAAGUAGACGUGAUUUCAUAGUUAAUUAUAAAGUUUUACAUAUGAUUAAGUACACCAUAUGUGUAACAUUUUACAGUGAUAAAGAAUGAGACUCGACACAAGGGCUAAAAUACUUUGUGUGCGUUCUUCUUUUUGUUGUCCUUAAAUUAAAGUCAUGGGGUUACUCAUUUCGAAGAUUUGGAGCCUCUUCGGAAACGAGGAACAUAAGCUGGUUUUAGUGGGUCUUGACAAUGCAGGCAAGACUACAAUCCUAUACCAGCUACUUCUCGGUGAAGCAGUUCACACAAGACCAACUAUAGGGUCCAAUGUUGAGGAGGUGGUGUGGAGAAAUCUCCGUUUUGUAAUGUGGGACCUUGGUGGACAACAGAGCCUACGAUCUGCAUGGAACACCUAUUAUACAAACAGCGAGUUUGUGAUCAUGGUGAUAGACUCCACGGACAGGCAGCGCCUGAGCAUCAGCAGAGAAGAGCUGCAUCGGAUGCUCACACAUGAAGAACUAAGUCGUGCAUGUCUGCUUGUCUUCGCUAACAAACAGGACGUGAAAGGCUCGAUGACAGCCGCAGAGAUAUCUGAGCAACUGGACUUAACUUCCAUCAAGCAGCAUCCUUGGCACAUACAAGGAUGCUGUGCCCUCACCGGAGAAGGGUUGCACCUGGGCUUGGAAUGGAUUGCGAGUAGAAUAAAGAAGAAAUGAUUUUUUUACAUUAUUCGAUUACAUCUAAGAUAACUAAUAAAUUUAGAUUCCAAUUUAGAAUAUUGUUGAAGUUGGACUAUAUUUUUUAAAAUACUUGUAAAUGCAAAUUAACAUAAAAUACGUUAUUCUAAAAAAUACUACCAAAUCUUACUAAGGUUUAUGAAUGGGUUAUAAUAAAAUGUUUAUGUA